CGGCGCGAGGGCUGGCGCGGGGCGGGAUCCCGCCCGGCACCGUCAAGUAGCCCCGGGAACUGCCGACACCGCGGAGCGGUGGGCGGCCGCAGAGGCCGAGCGCUGCGCCGGUUCCCGCCGGACCUCGGCCAGUGCCCGCGCGGCUGCGUCCUGCGCAACGCUGCCCGCCUCCGCCCGCCAUGCGCCCCCCUACCCCGGCCGCGCUGGGGCUGCUGCUGCUGCUGCUGCUGCUGCUGCCGCCGCCGCCUGGUGAGACCGCCAAGAAGGCGACGCCCUGCAAGCGCUGCCGGGAGCUGGUGGACAAGUUCAACCAGGGAAUGGUGGACACCGCAAAGAAGAACUUUGGCGGCGGGAACACGGCUUGGGAGGAAAAGGCGCUAUCCAAGUAUGAAUUCAGCGAGGUCCGACUGCUGGAGAUCAUGGAGAGCCUGUGUGGCAGCAGUGACUUUGACUGUCACAGCAUGCUGGAGGAGCAUGAGGAACACCUAGAGGCCUGGUGGCUGAGGCUGAAGAAGGAGUAUCCUGACUUAUUUGAAUGGUUUUGUGUGAAAACCCUGGAAGUUUGCUGUUCGCCAGGAACGUACGGGCCAGACUGCCUUGCGUGCCAGGGCGGGUCCCAGAGGCCCUGCAGCGGGAACGGGCACUGCAGCGGGGACGGCAGCAGGCAGGGGGACGGGUCCUGCCAGUGCCACCCUGGGUACCAGGGGGCCACGUGCGCCGACUGCGUGGACGGCUACUUCAGCUCGCUGAGGAAUGAGACGCACAGCAUCUGCACAGCCUGUGACGAGUCGUGUAAGAUGUGCACGGGUCCCACCAACAGAGACUGCGGCCAGUGCCAAGCGGGCUGGGCGCGGGAGGACGGCGCCUGCGUGGACGUGGACGAGUGCGCGGCCGAGACGCCUCCGUGCGGCGACCAGCAGUACUGCGAGAACAUCAACGGCUCGUUCGUGUGCGAAGAAUGUGAUUCUACCUGUGUGGGCUGCACGGGGAAGGGUCCAGAACGGUGUAAAGAGUGCGUCCCGGGCUACACCAAGGAGAGCGGCCAGUGUGCAGACGUAGACGAGUGCUCGCUGGCGGAAAAAGUGUGCAUGAGAGAAAGCGAGAACUGUUACAACACCCCUGGGAGCUACGUGUGCGUGUGUCCCGAGGGCUUCGAGGAGACGGAAACAGCCUGUGUGCGGACGCAGACCGCCGCAGACGAAGUCCCAGAAGACCCAACGCAGCCGCCCGCGCGGGAAGAUCUGUGACGUGGGUCCGGAGCCGGGAGCCGGACCUGCCCUUUAACUUAUUGAGACUGACGCCCGGGAAAGGCGGCCCCCACACCCGCGCUCCUCCGCGGACGGUCCAGGGCGAGCUGCUCCCCCUCAAACACUUGUGCCCAUCUGGCAUCUGGAAAAACCACAGUUCCUGCUUGUUCUUGAGCAGAUUUGUAUAUUUUGCUACCGUUCUUUAUAAUAAAAUUGACCAUUGGAG